UGAAAAUGUGUUUGAAAAGAAAGAGACAGCUACGACAAAAAUAGACUACGGCAGUUCUUGAUAGACGUAUCAAUGUAAUGACCGUAAUUGACGAUAAUACUCAAGACCAACUCGUAGCAAAAGCUGACCAUUGUUCGUUUAUUUGGAUAUUCCAGUCAGACUUUAAAUAUAGAUAGGAUAAAAGCCUAGAGGUUUUUAUACUUAAAGAAAAUGCUUGUCACAGACCAACCAUGUGUCAGAGCAACCAUACUGAACAUAGCCUGAGGCAAUUUUAUACGCAAGAUGUCAGUCGCACAUAUAUACUGGCUCAGUCUGAAUCAUUUAUGAGUAUAAACAUGAAUUUGCUAGUUUCUCAUCUGAGUUGGCAACUUUAAGUUCUAAAAGAGGCGUUGUUUGGCACAGAAGGUAUCACAACGAGUUUUCAGCCACUUUAGUUUUCUAUCACCACCAGUAAAUAUUACAUAUAUAGUUGACAAGAGUUGGCGCUUUUAUCUCAACCAGGAGUUAUUCAGGACUUUUGCUAAAGCGCUUAUCUUGAUGGUCUACUUGAUGAGCGACCGGAUUCACGCAUUCAUUGAAAAACAAGUACACGUCCCAGUACACUUUGGACUCGAUUUGUUUCAACAGAGUUAAUAGAGGCAGCCUUAAAGGCUUUAAAAGUUUACAGGCAUAUUGAUCAGUUGUGUGACUGUUUUUUGCUUAUACAGAUUGUUGAAUGCAUUAUAUUCAGUAGGAGUUCAAGUGGCUCUGGCUAAUAUGGUAACCGUAGAGCAAAACAUAACAAAAAAUUUGUCAACAAGGGUGCCUGUGCAAGUCAAUUUAACAAGCAGCAGUGUCCCAGUCAGCAUGGAAUGGUUUCGCAUAGUCAAACUAUUCUUAUAUGUCACAAUUUUCAUCGUUAGUGCAGUAGGAAACUCCAUUGUUUGUGCCAUCAUUCUACGACGAAAGAAAAUGAAAACAGUCACCAACUAUUUCAUUCUCAACUUGGCAAUUGCCGAUUUGGCUUUAACGUGUAUUUGUAUUCCAUUUGACAUUCCAGUCCAAGAAAUGAACUACGUAUGGCCGUACGGUGGCUUUAUGUGUAAAAUACUGUACCCGCUACAAACUUUAGCACUGUUUGCUUCUAUUUAUACCCUGACAGCGGUGAGUUUGACGAGGUACUGGGCCAUCGUCAAGCCUUUAAGGGUCCAACUCAGCAUCUCUAAGACAAAGUUUGUUAUAUUGAUAAUCUGGCUGGGUUCUCUUGUCCCUAUUGUUCCUUAUGUUAAUUCACUGGAACUGAAAAAGAAUGAAUGUGAUGAGAGAUGGAAAAGUAACAAUAUGAGAUCUACGUAUACCGUAUGUCUGUUUGUAUUUCAAUAUGUACUACCACUAUCAAUUAUCGCCACGGCAUAUACAGGAAUCGCGAUGGAGAUGCGGAAAAGAGAGACCGCUAGAUCAGAACACUGCCCUGUAAGACAGUUACAGGUUCAAGAAACUCGCAAAGUCGUUAAAAUGCUUCUAGUUGUGACUAUUGUGUUUGCGCUCUGCGUGCUACCAAACAAUAUCAUGUGGUUAUGGCUGGAUUUUGGGCAAGCAGAUAAAAAAAUUACAUACUUUUAUGAGCUUUUAGCUUUUUGUCAGAUUGUGACUUUUGCUAAUAGUGCAGCAAAUCCCAUUUGUUACACUGCAUUAAAUGAAAAUUAUAGAAGAGAAUUCAAAAGAUUCUUUAUGGGAUUGUUCUGCAAGAACAAAUCAGCGAGAAUGUUUUUCCGUUUAAACACGUUCACAACAUCAACACGUCCGUCAACAAAAUCCAUCGCUAGAACGGACGAAAAUGCGAACGGCAUGAGAAAUGGUAACAGCUCACUACCAAUGAUUUGAAGACUUGUUCACUAUUUGAUACUCUCCACAAGGCGUAAAUUACGGGAAAGUAGCGUAAAAAUCAAUACAUGAUCAAUCCUAGCACUAUAUCCCAGACGUCCUUGUACAGACUUGCUUAUAACUGUUAUAAAGAACAUGCAAGAACCUGGGCCACAGCAGGUUGUUUGUCUGCGGGGCCGAAUUCACAUGAAUAUAUUGCAAGUUCAAGUUAGUCUACGUUAAUUAGGCCUGUGUACUUGUCAGUAAUAGAUCUAUUACUCGAGUUAAUCAAUUGAAAACCAUUGCUUUUGCGGCCUGCUGGCAAACGUGGUCAGCGACUGACCCAAAAUAGAACAACCUGCUAAUUAUGGUUUCUAGUAAAUCUUAUCAUAAUAGAGGAUACUCAACAUCGAUUCAAAUAAAUGUGAAUGGUCGAAAGAUUAAAUGCGAAAAAAGUGAAGUGCUGAACAUUAGAAUGGAUUUACACUAAGACUUCCAUUCCAUAUUCCCUAUACAGUUUUUUAUACAAAAGAGGGCUCUGGGAUUCUAAGUCGCGAAUGACUUUCGAAUAUCACUGUGAAUCUCUCUUCUUGGGCUUCCUGUGUACACAAUUGGGAGUGGCGAGAGCGGCUCCGGUUUUUGGUCGCUAGUCCCCUCUCUCAAAGCUGUUACAAAGGUAGCCCAAUGAAGGAUUUCGAUAAAUCAUCAAAUUUUCUCACAUUUCAACUAUUCAUUCAUCAUUUAAUGUGACCUAAUCGCGAACUUUGAAAUAUUUCUUACCAGGUCCUCUUGUAUUAAUUUGUCUCAAAUCUCAUUAUGCUGAAUGAUUUGAAAUUCCGAAAACCUGAAAUCCUUGAUAAAAACUCCUUUUGUUCACCCUUUUUCCCAUUGUCGGACAUUAAACAUCACGCAACAGUAGAGUGACCGCACUUAAUCCGUGCAACUGUACAGACUAAAUAGUUCUAUGUAGUUGUAUUUAGUAAUCAAGCAUGCGGUACGCAAAUUACAUUGCAUUGAUACAAAUGAAGCAUUCAAUACCGUCUUGCUUCAGGUUCACAAGUUAAUACUACUUAGAGAGAGCACAAGUUAAUACUACUUAGAUUUUGUAUAGUUGCACGGAUCAAGUGCGUUCACUCUAUUGAAUGCUUCAUUUGUAUCAAUGCAAUGUAAUUUGCGUACCGCAUGCACGAUCACUAAAUACAACAAAAAUAGAACUAUUUAGUUUGUACAGUUGCACGGAUUAAGUGCGAUCACUCUACAUACAGUCGACUAAAAUAUUUGUGUACAUACAAGGUAAGCCUUACGGACCUUACGAGAUGAAUUGAAGAAAUGAAGCCAUUUGCAAUGACUAAGGAUGAAUGAUUUAACAUAAUGGAUUUGAUCCCACCCACAACAGCACAUAAAACAAACAUUUGAAGAGUCCUCCUUUAUUUAGAAUCAAAUACUUCAAAGCAGUGCCUAGAAUACCAAUUUAGGGAUUAAAAAUUAUUAGAAAAAGUCGAUUAAAACACUAACGUUUAUUAUACUGGAAGAGAUUGCUAUUUUUGAAGUUGGUAAAAUUCAGAAGCUUUGCUUUAUGUCAUCAUUACAAACCAUUGCAAGAUCAAUGAUGAAAUAUUACGAUUAUUGUUGGCCCACAAUUCCGUGGGGGUUGAUUUUUAUCGAGAUUUACGAGCAAAGCAUUAAUCAAAGUAUAGUCACAUCCGUAUUGUGCUAGAACACUGUAUUUUUACAGUGGUGAUUUUUGUCUAUGGGGCAAUCAAAAAGGAGCACAGAAAUCCCAAAUCAAAGACAGCAUUGAGAUCAAUUGAACAUUCUAUAUUGGCUAGAUCGGAACUAUAGCUUUUUGCCGUCCAAUGUUUGGGAUUCCUGUGUAUAGAGAAAAAAGUCAGAUUGUUUAAAAAAAAACAUGAAAACACCA